AUGCACUCCAGGGCAUCAGUACUCCAAAGCAUCAGUGUCAGCAUGAAGAUUCACCUUAUCCUGUUUUCUAUUAUUCUAAGCUGCGUGCUGGUAAAAUGCCAAGUCCUUAUUCCAGGACUUCGAGUACGACAGAUUCCUGUGCUAACCAAUGGCCAAAUACAACCGGUUCCAUACUUAGAACAGGCCUCUACAGUUACACCGGAUUCUGUGAGGGAGCAGUUCAGUCGAAGGGGAAUGACACUCGCCAAGCCUUUAGUUAGUGGGACUCCGGCUCAAAGCCAACUUCCUAAUUGGCCAAAAUAAAAAGGAUAUUAAAAAGGACUAUUUAAAAAAAGUCAUGCCACUGAAAUGUUGAAAACUGAACUUUUGCACUUUUGAGACUUUGACUCAAUUAGUUAAAUUUAAAUUAUUUUAAAUUGUUUUUCCUAUAAAAAUAUGUGAAAUACUUUUA